UGACAUGAGGCGCUAAUAAGAUAGAUUAAAAUUUAGAAAAAGGAAUCUCUGAAACGAAAGAGAGAGAGAGAGAGAGAGAGAGACAUGGCCACUGAAGGAGGAGACGCGACGUUUCCCGCGGCGGCGGCGACGAGCGAUCUGGCGAGAGGUACAGGUGGCAAACUAAGACGACAACCCGCUAGGAGGCACUCGACGACGCCGUAUUCUCGGCCGCCUCAGAACGAGGCACAACGGAGGCCGUGGAUCUCGAGAAUCGUCGAUCCUGCUUAUCGGAUUAUUUCCGGCGGCGCUACGAGAAUACUCCCCUACUUGUUCUCGAAUGCAGCCUCCGCUCCUACUCCGGCUACUCUCACAGCUCCAGAAGAUGAAGAAGAUCAACAUCAAGAUGAGUUGCAAGAUGAUCCACAGGAGAAGGAUCCCAGCAGUGUUACACCAAGUUUAUAUAAACCGAAGUUAGCAUCAAUUGAGGAGGGAGGUACUAGUAGUGCAGCAAACGUCAACCAAAGCAAUUUCAAUACAAGCGCACAGGCUAAAAGCAACAUAGCUUUAAAUGAUGUCGUGGCGGUCUCGGAGCUUGAAAGACUAAUGGAAGGAAAAACGUUUUCACGGGCGGAAACUGAUCGUCUUAUAGAGAUAAUAAAUUCAAGGGCUAUCGAUCUACCUGAUGUCACUAGAGACAAGCGAGUGGAGAUCUCUCCCAGAAAGGAAGCCAAGAAAAAUGUGAGUUUUCUUGAUAAGAAAGAACCAAUUGGUGCCAAGGAUGCUAGAAGUGAACUUUGGGCUACGCCAACCCCAGUUGCCAAGUCAAUAACUCUCAACGGAGGCAAACAGGUGGGGGAUGAAGCUGGUCUAUCACCAGCAGAACUUGCUAAGGCAUAUAUGGGAGGCCAGACGUCAUCAAGUAGUUCCCAAGGUUUCGUAGCAAGAAAUGAAAAGAAUAGUCUAGACGGGGGUCUGUUUGUAGCAAAUUCUUCAGGUGCAUCACCAUCGAGCAAGCCUUCUGCAUGUUGGCCUGGUGUCAAGUUAAAUGAGCAACUUGGUUUUGCGACUCCUCAAAACCAGCGAGAAAAUUAUGGGAUUCAAAGUUUUCCAAGGACCCCAUAUCCUAGAUCCAUCCUCUCAAGUUCUAAGUCAAAGCUGAUGCAAUUGCAAGACAACAGUAGCAAGCGCCUGAGCACCCUCCAGUCUCCCUCCCAAAGUGUGCAGACAAGAUAUGGCCAGCUCAAACUUAGCAAGGGAACUGAUAGUGGAGUUUUUGGACCCAAUAGAAGAUCUCGCCAGAGCGCCACCAUGUCUCCUUAUUCACGACCUUCCAGGGGUCGUUUUGAAAAUUCUGCUAACAUGAAGAGCUAUGAAGCAGGGGAAACAAGUAACCUAUCCAUGUCCGAGACAACAACCUAUGGGAAGCAUAUAGGGUUAGAAGUUGGUACACCUACUGUGCCUAGACAUUCUAGUCAGAUAGCUAGGACGAUAUUGGAUCACCUAGAACGGACCCAACCCACCCCGAAAGAUAAAUCUGCUGAGCUAAAGCUUGCCACUUCUUGGAGAUAUCCAGAGUCUUCGAAAACUGUUGAACCAAGCAGCUCGAACAUCAACAAUGUGAAAAAGAAUGGCUCAGCCAAGUUGAAUGAAGAUAUACCCAGCAUUAUCUCUCCCCUUCCGCCAUCCUCUGGGGCUAAACUAUCUGGAGAAGGUACCACCGGUGAUGCUCAAAAUGCAAUGGCCAAGACCACUUCAGCAUCAAAUGGAACCUUUAGUGGAAGUAGUAGUGGUACCACAUUCCAAUAUGAGUUAGGAAAGCUUAAGGGCUCUCUCUCCGGAAGCACACUUGAAAAGUUGUUUACUACUUCUCAGGACGGUGCAAAGGCUGUUUCCUCUUUUGGAGGCGAGCCGGUGAAUCUGCCAAAACCACCAUCUCAUUCACUGGGGAAUAAUAAUAAAAGAUCACUUUCAUCGAUCUCAGUAGCCAAGCCUAACCAAAGAUGGGCAUUUCCUUCCGGCUCAAACGCUAGCUUCACAUUCCCAGUGUCAUCAUCUGAUGGAGCAACAACAUCAGAGCCUCCAACUCCAUCCAUCAUGCCAUUCACAAGCAGCACAGCACCAAGUGGUGGUGUUGCCAUUACAAGUCAUCAUGAUAGCACAAAAGAUGAUGAGAUUCCACAGUUUAGUUUCGGGGGUAACAGAAGAGGAGAUAAGUCGCCUCUAGUGUUCAAUUUUCCAUCUGUGAGCGAAGAAGUGAUGAAUGAGGAUGAUGAGAAGUUAGGUAUCAAAUAUACAUUUGGGUCUAGAAAGCCCGGGAGAAUAUCAUUCAGCUCAGCAGGAAGUGAUGGUGUUUGCUGUUAAAACAAGGACGAUGAUGGUCUUCUUUCUCUUUUUUUUUUUACUUUUCCAGUCUUUUUGUACCACAGGUUGUUUUUUAUUUUUAGUUUGGGAAACUAAAAAGUUGUGAGAUAUUAACACUUGUUAAAUUAUUGGCUGAACUUAUUUUUACAAUUUUGAA